CAGCGGGGCGGGGCGGGGGGUGGUGGCGGUAGGGUCCUUGCCACUCGAUUCCUCCCAUUUCCCUGAAAAUGAAGGGAGACAGCAUCAAGAAGCCACAGCGACCGACUCCCUCGCAGUGGGCCUUAGGGACCUCGCCGGCACAUUCCUAUGCGUACAGCCGCCCCACUUCUUCAAGCCUGACCCAGGCGAAGUUCUAAGACUGCCAACGAACCCGCCCCAAAGAGGCCAGAGUAGCAGAGUUUUCUAGCCAGGACGGGCGCCCCGGGCCUCAGAGGGCCAACCCAGGCUCACAGCCUGGAGACCCAGACAGGGAUGCCUUCAGUUCACUCCCCAGGACGUCAACAUUUUCGUGCCCGCCAAACUAGUGCACCCUAGCCUGCGCCUUUCCCUGGAAAAGGGGGCAGGAGUAUAUUUCGUUUCUUUCUUUAAACUCAGGAAAGUCCCGGUGGCUGAGACUGAUCGUCUGUCUGCCUUGGGGUCUACUUCUGGUAGGGACCUGAGAGCCUAAGGUGUGUGCUCACUCCGGCCAGCGCUGUGCUCUGCGCUGUUUCUUUUCUGCCUGCAGGUUUAUCUCUCUCACUCUCAUUUCCCCCCUUUCCCCGCGUUCUUUUAUUCUGCUUUCUCUUUCUCUCGCUUUUGUGAAUGGGCCGCGGUGUCUUUGUUCUGGAGAGAAGCGCCCGUGUCGCUGACUUUUGUGAACCAGAGAAGGAUCUUGUAAAACCUCCUUUUCUCCUCCGUAGUCCCCUCUCACACCCCUCCUUCCCUGCCCCUUUGAUUAGAUGUUCCCUCAUCGUUCAAAAAAAAAAAUGUAAUUUCGUUAGUCUGGCGGCCACUUUCUUUGAACAUUAGCUCGCUUUCAGCUCCAACUUCAAUUAGAAGGAGUUGAUUUUGAGAGACCAACAAAAGAACCGACCAAAGCCUUAUUAAAGGUCCUAAGAAGAUCUCUCGGUCCUUUGAGAAGCAGUUAAGGAAACAGUGUGCCCUCCGUCAUAUUCUGUUACCGUAUUUUAUUCGGACUCCAAAGAAAAGUGUCGCGUGGGGGAGGGGAGAAGCACUUUGAUGAGCGGCAGUCGCGGCCCUUUUCACUCAGCGGGCUCCCCCCUUCCUUCUGGUCGCCCCGCACCCGGUCAGCGACCACAGCGGACCGCGCGGCCUGGGCAUCGCGGUGCUCCGCUCUACCUUGCUCUCGGCGGCUGCCGAACUCACCCACGCACAUACUGUGGUUCAAACUUUUCGCCCGCCUGUUGGGGUGAGAACGGCAGAAGAUGAGGAAAAAGAACUAGGAAAGAGUGUUGGCUGCCGGCGAGUCUCGGUGAAGGCGAGAGGUAGAUGGUGAAAAGCCGCGACUGCGGAGGGCAGGCCAGGCCCCCAGAAGCAACAGCUUGAAGGACUUCGCAGUGGGAGCCCUGAACUGCUCCUGGCCUCAGGCCCCCUGGAUCCGUCGGGGCACCUCCACCCGGCUGUUAGCAUGAUGUCUUACCUCAAACAACCCCCAUACGGCAUGAACGGGCUGGGCCUAGCUGGCCCUGCCAUGGACCUCCUGCACCCCUCCGUGGGCUACCCUGCCACCCCGCGGAAGCAGCGACGGGAGCGCACCACCUUCACGCGCUCACAGCUGGACGUGCUCGAGGCGCUGUUCGCAAAGACUCGCUACCCAGACAUCUUCAUGCGCGAGGAGGUGGCACUCAAGAUCAACCUGCCAGAGUCCAGAGUCCAGGUUUGGUUCAAGAACCGCCGCGCCAAGUGCCGCCAGCAGCAGCAGAGCGGGAAUGGAACGAAAACCCGGCCGGUCAAGAAGAAGUCGUCUCCAGUACGCGAGAGCUCGGGUUCAGAGAGCAGCGGCCAGUUCACGCCGCCCGCCGUAUCUAGCUCUGCUUCUUCGUCUAGCUCAGCGUCCAGUGCCUCCGCCAACCCCGCGGCUGCUGCGGCCGCGGGCCUGGGUGGGAACCCAGUGGCAGCAGCGUCCUCUCUGAGCACGCCUACUGCUUCGUCCAUCUGGAGCCCGGCCUCCAUCUCGCCGGGCUCAGCGCCGACAUCCGUAUCGGUGCCAGAGCCACUGGCCGCUCCGAGCAACGCCUCGUGCAUGCAGCGCUCGGUAGCCGCAGGUGCGGCCACUGCCGCAGCCUCCUACCCUAUGUCCUAUGGCCAGGGCGGAAGCUAUGGUCAGGGAUACCCCGCGCCCUCCUCUUCUUACUUUGGCGGUGUAGACUGCAGCUCCUACCUAGCGCCCAUGCACUCUCAUCACCACCCGCACCAGCUUAGCCCCAUGGCACCCUCCUCCAUGGCUGGCCAUCAUCACCAUCACCCUCAUGCGCACCACCCACUGAGCCAAUCUUCAGGCCACCACCACCACCAUCACCACCACCACCACCACCAAGGUUAUGGAGGCUCUGGGCUCGCCUUCAAUUCUGCCGAUUGCUUGGAUUACAAGGAGCCCGCCGCCGCCGCUGCUUCCUCUGCCUGGAAACUCAAUUUCAACUCUCCCGACUGUCUGGACUAUAAGGACCAAGCCUCGUGGCGGUUCCAGGUCUUGUGAGCCCAGGAGGGAAAGGAAGUGGAGAAGAAACGCAACUACCUAUACCCUCCAUGGUCCCCAUCCUGUUGCUGCUGCUGCACCACCCGCCUUUGCCUUGGCUUUUCCAAAACUUAAUUUUCAGUCCCCCAAAAGAUAUUCAUUGCCUGCACUGCCGCUCCCAUCUGUGUGCCACUUGGUUGGGGGUGGAGGAUGCAGCCCUUCUCCCCCUUGGAGGUGGGGCCCGGUGCUCCCACUUGGCCCUCCGUUUCUUCCCGGAAUAGCAGUACGCUCUCGCUCUCAGCUCGUGCGUCACCCCUUCAAGUCUUUCUGGACAGCUUUUAUGCACCUGGAGCCUUCUGGGGCUCUUCGCUCUGACCCUCUGUUUUGAGCUCAACCGUUUUAUUUAUUCUUUCUGGACACUGAAGUCACUAACUGGCGUAUAUCAACCGUUUGGAGUGUGUCCAUACAUACACACUCCUAAUCAAACCCUCCACUGUUUCUCCUAGCAGACUGUCGCCCCUUCAGCUGCCCUUGAUCUAGCUCCCCACCCGCAGGCCCGAGCUUCCAGCAUUUCUGUCUCACCAGUGGUGAGCGUUGGGCCAGGCUCGCGGCAGGAGUGUGCCCCAGCCUCCUUUCCUACCCUGCGCUGGACUGAUUCAAGCUUCCGCCUCAGCGGGAAUGCUGUACAUAGUCAGGUCCGUUCCAGGGACCACUUAAAGUUUUUAGUUGCUGUUGGUUGAACUGAGCAUCUCUCUUGUUUUAGCGUCCAAGAAACAGAACUUUAAAAUAUAUACAUCACAUAUAUAUAUAUAUAUAUACACACGCACACACACACAUAUAUAUAUAACAGAAGCAAAAAAAUUAUUUCCCCUUUGUUCCCGUUCCUCUCUUCCUCAAACGAUGGUGGUUCUUAUUUUUCAGUUAUUACAAAGCUGUCCUGCCCUCUUCACACCUCCCUUUGUGUAUUUAUUAAAGAAACCCGCUUGGUUCCAGGAAGCUGGGCGCUAGAGGAUCGGAAGUGAAGGAAACAGCUAAGUCAGGAUACAGGGGUCGGGGCUAGGCUGGUCAGGGCGCACGACUGACCCUUCGCCAGUCUAAGCACAGUAUCAAAGCUUCCGCUUAGAAACAAACAGACAAACAAACAAGGUGAAAUUACAGCAUUGUGGAAAGAAAACCAAGCCCGAGUUCCAGGUCCAAUGUUUCUCUCUCUCUCUCUCUCUCUCUCUCUCUCUCUCUCUCUCUCUCUCUCAAACACCCUGUCUGUUCUGUGAGUUUUUAGUGAACCUUCCUUCUCCGAAAUCUGCGGAGAGUACCUGUGUACCUAUCGGUUUUGGUUUUGGCCGCUUGGUUCAGUAGGUGGGAAAGUAAUUUGUAAAUUUGAUUUGUCCGAUGUGAAGAUCACAAAUUACUUGUUGAGAUGUAAGGCAGUCCGUCUCCUCUUCCUCUUUAUCUACAUUAUUUCCCGAAAAUAAAAGCAAAUUAAUGAGUGGCUUGUCA